AUGAUAAGAGUAGUAGUGACAAGUGCGUUAUCCUCCGGCUGCUCAGGUCCUCCGGCUGCUUCCGAGGUCUGGCGUGAUGGCAAAGGCAUCUCCGUCGUAGACAUAAUGGCUCUCUUAGGAUUGAUGGAUGGGGAAUCUGCGUUGGAUAGGCACUCCUGUCCCUUUUUGGUAGAUAGCUUUGUCAACGACGAUGCCACACUAAAUAUGACUGAAGCCGUUGGAAUGAGGGCCCACGUGGCCAAGACAGGGCAAGACAGAGCACACGUACAGCAGCCCCCGUACCCCCACCCCUCAGUGCCCUCUGUACCCCCACCCCCCAGACCCCCGACCCCCCCAGUGCCCACCGUACCCCCCUUCCUCUGUGCCAUCCAUACCCCCACCCUGUGCCCACCGUACCCCCCUCCCCCAGUGCCCGCCGUACCCCCGUCACUCCGAGAACAGUCCUAG